CAAAGCUCUCUUCCCGCUUCUUAUAUCUCUCCGCACCGGGCCCUGCUUCCCUUCCCCCUCCGACAGACUUCCUCCAUGGCUCAGCACGCAGAGACCUCCCGGGUCUCUAUCCUGGGCAGCGACUCCAUCGUCGUUGGCUACAACCUCAUCAAGGAGAUGCUCAAGGAGAUCGUAUCCGAACUUCCGUCCUCGACCUACGUCCUCAUAACAGACACAAACAUCGCGCCCCUUCAUCUCGACACCUUCCUGACGACGUUUGCCGAGCUGACUGCGAAUAUCGAAAAACCUCCCCGGUUGAUUUGGCAGACCGUUGCUCCCGGCGAGCACUCCAAGUCGCGCAAAACCAAGGCCUCAAUUGAAGACUGGAUGCUCCAGAACCGAUGCACUCGCGACAGCGUUCUCCUCGCGCUCGGCGGUGGAGUUAUCGGCGACAUGGCUGGCUACAUUGCCGCUACGUUCAUGCGCGGCAUCAAGUUUGUGCAGAUUCCUACCACGCUCUUGUCGAUGGUCGACUCGUCCAUCGGCGGCAAGACCGCUAUCGACGUCCCACUCGGAAAAAACCUCAUCGGCGCGUUCUGGCAACCACAACGUAUCUUUGUCGACCUCGCCUUUUUGGAGACCUUGCCCGAGCGCGAGUUUAUCAACGGCAUGGCUGAGAUCAUCAAGACCGCUGCUUUCUGGGAUGAGAGCGAGUUCAAGCGUCUCGAAGACAACGUCGAUAAGUUCCUUACCGCUUUCCGCAACCGGAAUCAUGAGACCGGUAUCGUCGACCUGUCCUCGAUCCAGACUAUGCUUCACGCCCUUGUCGUGGGCUCCAUCAAGGUCAAGGCCUACGUCGUUUCGGCCGAUGAGCGCGAGGGUGGUCUGCGAAAUAUUCUUAACUUUGGACAUACCAUAGGACACGCCUACGAAGCCAUCCUCACGCCGCAAGUUCUUCAUGGCGAAUGUGUCUCUAUCGGCAUGAUCAAGGAAGCUGAGCUCUCACGUUACCUUGGUCUGCUUCCGGAUUCCGCUGUCGCGCGUCUAUCCAAGAUCUUGACUGCUUAUGGUCUUCCGAUCUCUUCCAGUGAUUCCAUCAUCCGCGAGCGUACAAACAACCGGCCUACUCCGGUCGAUCAGCUUAUGCGCACUAUGGCCGUCGACAAGAAAAAUGCCGGUGCGCAAAAGAAGGUUGUGCUGCUCACCGCUAUCGGAAAGACCUAUGAGCUGAAGGCUACCGGGGUGUCUGAUGCUGCCAUCAGAACCGUGUUGUCGCCUGAUGUCAUUGUCAAGUCAUCUUCCCUCCCAGCAGAUGCAAAGGUUGAGGUCAUCCCACCCGGAUCCAAGUCCAUUACCAACCGCGCGCUCUUGAUGGCCGCUCUCAGCAGCACUACCACCAAGAUGCACAAUCUGCUGCGAUCUGACGACACCGAGCACAUGAUGAACGCAAUCACCCAGCUCUAUGGCGCCGAGUUCACCUGGAUAACAGGUGGAUCAGGCGAAGACGUCCUUGAGGUUAAGGGCAAAGGCGGCCAGCUUGUCGCCUCACCGGACGAGAUCUAUCUUGGCAACUCUGGAACUUCGUCUCGCUUCCUUGCUGCUGUCGCUACCCUCGUCAAGCCGUCUAGCUCUGCAGACUCCAUCGUUCUCACCGGAAACAAGCGUAUGAAAGAGCGACCGAUCGCGCCCCUUGUGGACGCUCUGAGAAACAACGGCUCUGGUAUCGAGUACCUGGGAACUGUUGGCUGUUUACCUUUGCGUAUCGCUGCUGGCCAGCACCUCAAGGGUGGUCGGAUUGAGCUGGCGGCUACCAUCUCAUCACAGUACGUCUCGGCCCUUCUUAUGGCUGCGCCUUAUGCUGAAACCCCCACUACGUUGGCCCUUGUCGGUGGUAAGCCGAUCUCUCAGUCUUACAUCGACAUGACCAUCGCCAUGAUGGCCUCGUUCGGUGUCCACGUGAAGAAGUCCACGACCGAGCAGUACGCGUACGAGAUUCCACAGGGCGUCUACUCGGCGCCUCCAGAGUAUGUUGUUGAGAGCGACGCUAGCUCGGCAACGUACCCUCUUGCAUUUUCAGCCAUCACGGGAACGACCUGCGUUGUCCCCAACAUCGGCUCAAGCUCGCUCCAGGGCGAUGCUAAGUUUGCUGUCGAUGUCCUGCGUCCUAUGGGUUGUGAAGUCAUUCAGACUGCGACUUCGACAACCGUCACUGGUCCUGCUGUCGGAAAGCUCCGGCCGUUGAAGAAGGUUGAUAUGGAGCCUAUGACUGAUGCUUUCCUGACUGCCAGUGUCUUGGCUGCCGUUGCCCAUGAAGAAGGUGAAAAGGCUAUUCCUACACAGAUUGUUGGAAUUGCCAAUCAACGAGUCAAGGAGUGCGAUCGUAUCGCGGCGAUGGUCAAAGAACUGGGAAAGUUUGGCGUCUUUGCGUGUGAGCUUCCUGAUGGAAUCGAGAUUCAUGGCGUCGAAUCUUUGAGCGAUCUCACGAUUCCCGAGGGCGGUGUGCAUACCUAUGACGACCAUCGGGUUGCGAUGAGCUUCAGCUUGCUGGGUGCUGUCGCCCCUGGACCGGUUCUGAUCAAGGAGCGCAGAUGUGUUGAGAAGACGUGGCCUGGAUACUGGGAUGUUUUCAACUACAAGUUCAAGGUUGAGCUGGAAGGCUUCGAGGACCAAAACGACGUUGUCGCGAGGAAGUUUGUGCCAAACAACGGGCGUAGUAUCUUCAUCAUUGGCAUGCGCGGAGCAGGAAAGACCUCGGUUGGUGGCUGGAUUGCUGACGCCCUGGGAAUGAAGUUCCAAGAUCUUGAUCCUUACUUGGAAGAGAAGGCUGGCAAAACUAUUCCUCAAGUCAUUCACGAGGACAAGUGGGAAGGUUUCCGCAAGCUCGAGCUCGAAGUUCUGAAGGAGGUCAUGGGCAAGUUUCCCUCGGGAUACGUGUUUGCCUGCGGCGGCGGCAUCGUUGAGACUCCUGAAGCUCGCGAUUUAUUACAGGCUUACACUGCUAGCGCAGGCAUCGUAAUCCAUGUCCACCGCGACGUGAAGCUGAUCAUGGAGUAUCUUUCGGUUGACGUGACGCGUCCCAGCUAUGUUGAUGAUAUGUUUGCCGUGUGGCAGCGUCGCGAGCAGUGGUUUGCCGAUUGCUCAAACUUCUUCAUUUACAACUCGGAUCUGUCGGAUGACGCAGAGAUUGCUCACUUCAAGCUGACGCUGAGAAGCGUGCUCGAGACCAUGAUCGGUGCUUCCACCGUCCACGAGAAGAUUCUGGCUAAGCCAAAGUCGUUCUUCCUGUCGUUGACUUACCCCGACGUUCAGGUGGCCAUGCCUGUGAUUGACAAGAUCACCGCCGGCAGUGACGUUUUGGAGCUCCGGGUCGACUUGCUGCAGUCAGCGCCGCACGAGCAGAGCCCCAGCGUCGCGUAUGUCCAGGAGCAGAUUGGAAUCAUCCGCAAGUACACCGCGAUCCCGAUUCUCUUCACCGUCCGCACUGUCAGCCAGGGCGGCAAGUUUCCCGACCAUGACUAUACCAAAGCUCUUGAGCUGAUCAUGCUGGCUUUGAAGCUCGGAGUCGCCUACGUGGACGUCGAGCUUACCUGGCCGAACUCGAUGAUCCAGAAGAUCAUUGACGCUCGCCGCUUCACAAAGCUGAUUGCUUCUAACCACGACUUCAGCGGCAAGUGGAAAUGGGACGGUCCGGAGUGGCCGACCAAGUACCAAGAAGCCGCUGUCGGCGAAUGGGCGGACGUGAUCAAAUUCGUCGGCUAUGCGACGUGCCGGAUGGACAACGUGUUGCUCGAGCAGUUCAGAGAAAGCCACAAGGACAAGCCGUUUUUGGGAAUCAACAUGGGCAAGGCCGGUCAGUUGAGCCGAGUGCUGAAUUCGUUGCUGACUCCUGUUACGCACCCGUUGUUGCCGGUUAAGGCGGCGCCGGGACAGCUUUCGGUGGAGGAGAUUAUGACUGCGGCCAAGUUGAUUGGGGAUGAGUAAAAGGUUUAGUUUGCGAAAGGAUAGAAAAUGGAGAGUGCGGAAAAGUUUAGUCGGAAUUGAACGAGGUCGAGAUGUAAUUUUCCGUUUGUAUGGUUUUUAAAAUAAUUUAAUAAAUGCCUGAUGUAAAUAUCAA